AUGACACACAGUGAGAAGCACCCUUGCUUCAUUCACAAUAAAUUUGAGUCAACGUAUCUGCCACAAUUGCCAGUAGAAUCGGAUGAAAACUUUCAUGAAGUAAAAGACAAACCUAUGGAAAAUUCAAAUGACAUUUCCCGCUGUUUAAGUCGAGAUGCCCGAGAAAACGAAAAGAAUUCCAGUAAUGAGCAACCAAGGAAUUCUUCCGACAAUUCAUGCUAUUUUAAUCCCAUUUCGAAUGCUCAGGUGAUUGACGUUCAAACUAAUGAAAAUGCAACGUGCAUUACUUCUUCAGAAAGUGUUGAAUCCAGUUACAGACCUGAAAACGACCAUCGUGAAACUGGUGAAAUAAUCCUGAUUGUCUCUGGAUCAGGUAGUGUUGACAUACAAAAACAACCAGUAUCAGAUCUUUUCCAUAAAACAGCUGAUAAAGAAAGUAAAAUGUUUCUUGAAAACAGCAAAUGGCAAACUUUGAAUAACGAUAAAAAUAAUUUUAUGCAUUCUGUAGAAUGCGUUAUCAGACAAGAUUGUUCACAUGAUAAUAAAAUUCCUGGACGUACAAAUCUGAUUUUGCAGCCUGAUCUCCCACCUGGAAGUACGGAGUUAGACAAUGGCAUGAUCCUUAUGUCAGGGAAUGUAAUGGAUGAACAUAUUUCACUUGGAACGAAUUCUAAGGCUCACAGUGAGAAAGAAAAAAUGUUUAUCAGCGUUGAAGAACCAAUCUCUAAAAAGGAAGAUGACAAUGCUGUGGCUGGAUUUUCCGGAUUCUGUUCUCGUAAAAAGAAAUUUCCUAAGACCUUCCGUAGGAAAGAUACUCUAAAAACUAAUUAUCAAACACACACUGGAAACAAACUCUUUGUGUGUGAUAUAUGUGAGAAAGACUUCUCUCGGAAAUCACAUCUCGACCAACAUUACAGAAUGCACACUGGCGAAAAGCCUUAUGAAUGCGGUAUAUGCGGGAAAAAAUGCAGUAGGAAAGAAAAUCUCAUCGUCCAUUAUCGAACACACUUAGGUGGCAAGCCUUUUAUGUGUGAUAUCUGUAAUAAAAGUUUUGCUUAUAAGGGUUAUCUUAAUACACAUUUUAGGACGCACACUGGAGUAAAGCCUUAUAAAUGUCCAGCUUGUGAAAUGUCGUUCAUUAACAGCAGCAACUGCAAAAAGCAUUACAGGAAUGUUCAAAUAAUUGAAGUCCAAACUAAUGAAAAUGCCUCUUUCACGGCUUCUUCAGAAAAUGUUGAAUACGCUCACAGUCCUGAAAAUGACCAACGCGAAACUGAUGAAAAUAUGAUAGUUGUCAUCGGAUCAGGUGGUGUUGACUUACAAAAUCAAAGAGGAUCAGAUAAUAAUAAUUUUUCUGGAACUGCGAAAUCGACAGUGAAUCCUGAUUUGUCACCAGGAAGUAACGAGCAGAAAAAUGGCAAAGGGCAAGUGGCAGAAGAUGUAAAGGAUGAAAAUAUUUCAUUACAAAUGCAUUCUCAGGGUCACAAUAAUAACGAAAAUGAACAUAUUUCUUCCACGAAAGAAGACAAAGCCGUGGCUGAACCUUCGGGAUUCUGUCCUCGUAAAAAGAAAUUUCCUGAGACUUUCAGUAGGAAAGAUACUCUUAAAAGAAAUUACAACAGACAUUACAGAACCCACACUGGCGUAAGACCUUUCGUGUGCGACUUCUGUGAAAAAGAUUUUGCUCGUAAGGGUGAUCUCAAGAAACAUGUUAGGACUCACACUGGUGACAAACCUUUCGUGUGUAAUUUCUGUAAAAAAGGUUUCAUUCAAAAGGGUGAUCUUAUUAUACAUAUUCGGACCUACACUGGAGGAAAACCUUAUAAAUGCCCAAUUUGUGGAAGGGAUUUCGCGACCAGCAGCAAUUGUAAAGAGCAUCGCAGGAGAAUGCAUAAGUAUUCACAAUCACGGCCAGCAGAAUCGGAAAAACACCAUGAUGAAAUAAAAGACAAAACUACGGAGAAUUCGAAUGACAGUUCUCGGUGUUUAAGUCCAGCUUCAGGCAAAAACGAAAAUAAAAAAUCUGAGCUCAUGAAUUUGUUGCUGUUUCAAAAUAAUGAAAAAGAAAAAUCGCUUUCCUCAAAGGAAAACAUUGGUAAGACUUUUUCAGAGAAUUCUGGUAAGGAACAACAAAGGACUCCUUCUGAUAGUUCAUACUUCAAUCCUUUUUCGAAUGCUCAGUUGAUUGAAGUCCAAACUAAUGAAAAUGCAUCUUUUACUACUUCUUCAGGAAAUGUUGUAUCCGGUUACAGAACUGAAAACAACCAAUGCGAAGCUUACGAGAAAAUGAUCGUUGUCACCAGAGCAAGUGCUAUCGAUAUGCAAAAGCAAAUAGGAUCAGAUUUGAUGCAUGCGACAACUGAUGAAGAAUAUAAGAUGUCUCUUGAAAAGAGAAAAUGGCAGACAUUAAAUAACGAUAAAAAUAGUUUUAUGGACUCUCUAGAAUGUGUAAUAAGAAAUUCUCUUCUAGAUAAUAAAAAUAAUUCUGGAACUGCGAAUGUCAUUUUAGAAACUGAUCUUCUACCAGAAAGUAAGAAGCAAAGAAAUGGCAAAAUGGAUGUAUCAGAGAAUAUAAAUAAACAUAUUACACUGGAAGUGAACUCUCAUCUUUAUUAUAAGAACGGGAAAAGGGCUGCCAACACGAAAGAAGCAAUAUGUAACAAGGAAGCUGACAAUGCUGUGGCUGGGCCUUCCGGAUUCAGUUCUCGUAAGAAGAAAUUGGAUAAGACCUCCAGUGAGAAAGAUGCUCUUAAAACAAAUGAUCGAAGACACACUGCCUAUAAGCGCUUUUUUUGCGAUAUAUGCAAGAAGCAGUUCUCUCAAAAAUCAAGUCUCAACCGACAUUACAUAACCCACACAGGCGAAGCGCCUUAUGUAUGUGAUGUAUGCGGAAAAUUUUUUUCUCAGAAAACCGAUUUCAUCAUCCAUCAUCGAUUCCACACCGGUGACAGACCCUUCGUGUGCGAAGUCUGUAAUAAAGGUUUUGCUCAUAAAGGGAAUCUUAUUGCACAUUUAAAGAUGCACACUGGAGAAAAGCCUUUUGUAUGUGAUGUUUGUAAUGAAGCUUUCGCUCAAAAGGGUACUCUUCAAACGCAUGCUCGUACCCACACUCGAGAAAAGCCUUUUGUAUGUGAUGUUUGUAAUGAAGCUUUCGCUCAAAAGGGUACUCUUCAAACACAUGCUCGUACCCACACUGGAGAAAAGCCUUUUGUAUGUGAUGUUUGUAAUGAAGCUUUCGCUCGAAAGGGUACUCUUAAAACACAUGCUCGUACCCACACUGGAGAAAAGCCUUUUCUAUGUGAUGUUUGUAAUGAAGCUUUCGCUCAAAAGGGUACUCUUAAAACACACGCUCGUACCCAUACUGGAGAAAAGCCUUACAAGUGUCCAAUUUGUGGAAUGGCUUUCACGACCAGCAGCCUUUGUAAUAGGCAUCGGAGAAGAGUGCAUAAGUGA